AUGGCAACGAAAUUGGAAAAAAUGCUGGCUGAGUGUAUGGUUAAACGCAAAGCAAUCUUCAUCACGCGUGCACAGGUGGAGAAAUUCGUGGCAAAGUUUGAUGCAGCGAAGGAUACAUGCCAAAUUCCCGUACGUCUGGAGACCUUGGAUCGGAUAUACAAGGAAUUCCUCGAAGUUCAAUCCGACAUCGAAUGCUACGACAAGCCGGAAACACUGGACAUCCAUCUCGGUGAACGAGCAGAUUUUGAGACCCGAUACUGCGAAGCGAAGGGAUUUCUACUGUCGAAGCGGUCAACUGAGCAAAACCAAACGCUGAUGAACAGCACAAUGCACCCUGACCAUCAAUUCCAUGCAGCUUUCCACCUCCGAUUACCCAAGAUCGAUCUCCCUAAAUUCAACGGUGACUUUUCUCGUUGGUUAUCUUUUCGAGAUACGUUCACUUCAAUGGUGCAUUCUAAUGCGGACAUUCCAACGGUUGCUAAGCUGCAAUAUUUGUUGCAAUCGCUCGAGGGAGAAGCUCGAAAGCCAUUCGAGUCGGUAGAUGUGGAAGCAGAUAACUACGGGACGACUUGGGACGCGUUGCUGAAGCGAUAUGAUAAUAAGCGAUUCCUGAAGCGUCAACUCUUCCGCGCUCUUUAUGAUCUACCUGUCCUCAAGCGUGAAUCUUCCCAGGAAUUACACAACCUUGUGGACGACUACCAGCGUCAUGUCAAGGCCCUAGGAAAGCUGAAUGAGCCAAUUCAGUAUUGGGACACACCUCUAAUCAACCUCCUAUCCUACAAGCUAGAUCCUACAACGCUACGAGCUUGGGAAGAGUCAACCAGCAGCGAAGACAAUGUUUCCUAUGAGAGGAUGGUAGACUUUCUCUAUCAACGAGCUCGAAUGCUGAAAUCCGUCGUCACAGAUCUGCAGCAACGUUCACAACAACCGAUAUCGGCCAAGGUGGCCGGUUCAGUGGCGUAG